AUGAAAUAAUUUUACUCUUAAGAAAUUCACUAUUAGGUUGUUGCUAAAUUAGACGUCUAAGAAUAUCUAAAUAAUCAAUUUGAGAAAGAUUUUCAUUUGCUUUUAAUUUAACAUGAUAUGCAAAGUAAUGUAGGAUAUUUUUAUUUUAAUUUUAUAACUAUUUUAGACCGCCUACAAAUUUUAUAUGAUAAAAAUUCAAAGGAAAAGUUAGACGAUUUAAUUAAUUAUCCUGGUAUUUGGCAAGAGAAGGGGAUUAGUCAAUGCGUUUAAAUUCAAAAAGCUUUUUAGUAAUUGAAAAAAAAUCUAAGAUUUGAAUGUAAGAUAGAAAUUGAUUUGGUCGGUAGCAAAUUUGGAUAAUCUUUUUAAGAUAUGUAUAAAGGAUUAAAAAUUACCUAAAAAGUUGAUCAAAUAUGGAAUAAUACAUAAAAAUUUAAAUAAGGACUUCUAGAACAAUAUAUAAUAAUAGAUUCUAAAAUUGAGAUUAAAACUAGUGCAGCAUCCUAUAAUGAAUCUUUUAACUAUAUAAAGUCUCCUAAAGGAAAUCCACCUCCUUAAUUUAAGACAAAUUUUCCAAAGCAAUUUCAUCAAAUUAUGAUUUAGUCACAAGGUUGGAAUAGACUUUAUAAAGAACUCUACGAUGUAAUAAAGUAAGAAAUUGGCUAUUCUAAAUCUAAAUUAGAAUUUUCGGGAUCUUAAUUAAAUUAAUUAAUUAAUCUAGGUGUUAGAGAGGACGAUAAUAUUUAAUCCUUUAAUCCUUAUGUAAUAAAAAGUAUCAUGUAAAAGGUAUAGAAUAACAUAAAGGUAAAAUAUAACAAUGAAUUUGCUUAAUAUGGUCUAAUUUUAACCGAUGUUGGAGAAAGAUGCAUCUUUUAUUAUUCCAUGUUAAUUAUAUGGAGAUUUCUUUGUUAUUAACGUUGGAAUUCAAAAGAUAUAUAAUAAAAACAUUAGAACAAUUACUAAAAUGAAUUAAUAAGAUGUAUUGCUGAAAUUAACUAAGAUAAUGAAAAAAAAGGUUGUAUUAAAGCAAACGAACUAGUGAAUAAAAUAACAAAUUUUUUAAAAACCUAAUUUUUGGAUAGAACGAAGAAGGAGGUGUUGUAGAAAAUGAGUUAACAAAGCAUGACAAAUGCUGAACUUAUUGCAAAAUUAGACAAGGAAUUGUUAAUCGAAGUUAAUGAAAAAAGAUUUGAGGAUGAACAGUUUAAGUAAAAUAUACUAUCCUAUACGACUGAUCAUAAAUCAUAUAUAAAUAAGUACACGUAGGAUAUGUUAACCAAAGUUUAACUUAAUUUGUUAACUGAAUAUAGCGUUUAAUAUAGAAAAGAAUUAAGUAAAUACUUCAGGAGUAUAUAAGAAAAUGCUAAAAUUUUCUAUAAAUAUAUUGAGAUUUAACAAAAGGAAGUUAAAACAAUUAAAUAUUUUUAUUCAGAUGCUGAUUAAAAACAUAACCUAUUUUAUGAAAAUUAUCUUUUUAAAUUGCUUUUUUAAUGUCUUAUUGGGAAGAUUGAAGAUAAAAUUGAUAUCAUUGACAUUCAAUAUUAAGAGAUUUUCUAAACUAGCAAUUACAAUCCUGUUAAUAGUAAGUUUGUUAUUAAUUUGUAAUUAUUAAAUUAAUAAGAUCAAUAAGUUUACAAUUUAAAAUCAUUUGUUGAAUCAUUAAUAAAAUAAUUAGAUGAAAUAUUAAAAAAAAUCAAUAAAAUAUCUAUUAAAUAAAGUGAAUAUGAGCUAGAUGUUGAGUUUGGUAAAUUAAAAUUGUAAAUGAAUGGUUGCGAAUAUAUAUGUCCUUGCUGCAAAAGAAAAUGUGAUCAAGAUAAUGAUAAUAAACAUACUCAUUAGUGUUAAAAUGGCCAUUAAAUAAGAGGUAAUCUUAUAAUUUAUUUAGGCAUUAAUGGUAUUUUGAUUGAAAAAAGCCCAUCAUUAUAUACUUGUGAAGAAAUUCUUGAUGAAUGUAUUCUUAGGACACUUGAGACAAAUCUCAAGAAAACUUGGAAGGAAGUCAAAAUGACGCAUUCAACAUGGAAUUUCAAAAAUUAAGAUGACGCAACAAGAAGUAAAAACAAAGAAAAAUGGAAAAAUGUUUGGAAUUUAGGUUUAGGAAAAUUGGUUUGCUCAUAUUUAGAAAAAUAAUUGAAACAUUAAAUCAUAUUCAAAUAAAAGUCAGAAUUUGAAAAUUAAGCUUCUAAUAUUCAUUAUAUUCUUAUUCUUGAUGAUUCAGGUUCAAUGUAAGGAGAUAAAUGGAACAUAGCAAAAAACGGAGCAUUAGAAUGUAUAAAGUAGUUAGAAACUACUGAUUGUUCAAAAGUUAGUGUUAUAAUCUUUAAUCAAGAAUCAAGAGUAGCAGAAGAAUGUUAAACACCAAAUUUCAAAGAGAUGAAUAAAAAAAUCUAGUAUAUGGGAGGAGGCACAAAUUUUGAACAUCCAUUUGAACAAGCACUAAAAUUGGUUUAAAAAUAUACUGGCUUUAAUAAGUAAGAAAAUAUAACAUAUUAGAAUUUAAAUAUUAUUUUAUACAGAUGGAUAAGCAGGUUAUCCAAAAGCAACAAUUGAUCAAUUCUGUUAACUACCACAAGAAAUAAGACAAAUAAUUAACUUAAGAGCCUGUUCAGGAGAAGAAUCAACACAAUCAUUAGAACUCAUAAUAAGCAAAUUUACAAAUAAUAUGUAGUCAGCUUAAUUAAGAAAUUCUGUAUAACCUAUGGAUAUUUAAAAAAUUUGGACAGAAGUAGUGAGCUAAAAUAUUCAUUCACAACUGGUAUGA